AUGCCCGAAUUAUUCACCAUCGUCGAGGGUGAAGAGGUUUCUGCUGUCAAAAGAACCCCUCCUUUCUCUUCUUCAUCUGCAAAUAAUUUUGGUAUCAACUUUGGUAUCAUCGAAAAUAUGCAAGAGGAUAAAGCAUUGGGGGAUCGAAAUGAUCAACAUCCAUUUCCUUAUACUCCAAUUGAUGUCACAGAAUUGGACGAUAAUCUGGGAUAUGUAAUAAAUGCCGUGGAUAUCAGGAACCGAGAGCAGGUAUUCAUGUAUUUAAUCGACCAGACCAGCAGCCUAUACGUCAACAAAUCCCGAUCCUUGAUACACUUUAUGUCGCAAAUGAAAUUCACUCCUUACCUACAACAUCUGAUAGAAACAAUCGAGGACGAAAAUUAUUUAGCUUUGGUCUGGGAAAAUCCCGGAUUCCCACUCUCCGAGAUUCUCGCCGUAUCAUCUGAAUCUGAAACAUUGUCUUCAUCUGUAAAUUCUCAGCAUUUUAAUGUACAAAAUAUCAAUAGGGAACGUUCGUUGGCAUCAUCUUUAAUAGAAAUUUCUCAGAGUCUCGAUUUUCGCAAGAUUUUUUGUCAAGUGUGCUGGGGAUUGGCCAAUUUACACGAGAACAAUCUGGCACACAUGAACAUCAACCUGGACACCAUAUGGAUAAAACAGGUGGACAUGAUGAGAGACGGUAAACGCGUGAAGGAGAACGAAGUACGGAUCGUGGACUUUGCAAGCUUGGGACAUUUCAUCACCACAAAUCCUGUUCACAUGCAUACUUGGUAUAAUGGGAAUGAUGAACCUUCGAAUUGUGAUGUUGAAGAUAUCGAGAGUUUCGACGAGUAUGAUGAGGAGAAGUGCAAUAAUUAUCGUAAUGCUGAUUCGUUUGAUAUAUUUGUGGCUCCGGAGAUUGUGAAUAAGCAACCGUGUUGGGGUUGGAGACCCGACGUGUGGUCAUUAGGUGUGGUGUUGUAUUUUGUCAUCACGAGGACGCUUCCUUGUGACGGUGACCGUCGAAGGUUUCAUCGGGAAAUAAUGAGUGGAAAGUUUGAAUAUCCUGAAGAGAUGGAUCCAGAUGCUAUCAACCUUCUAAAGCAAAUGUGGAAUCCCGACCCAACGAUAAAGUUUGACAUGUGGGACGUUAAAAAACACAUGUUCCUUUCCCCACCCUCCGUGAACUCUUUGGCCGACUCCGCGUAUCUCGUGGCUUCCGCUUCAACUCCGACACUUGCGUCUUCUUCGAGAGCAUCAUUCGAAUCUCAGAUACGAUGUCAUCGCAAGGACAGUCGUGAACGGCAACAUUCACCAUAUCCCAAGAAUUAUCUGAAAGGAAGCAUGAUUCCGAAAGUUAUCUUGAAAAAGAACAUGUUUGUGAG